ACAGGCACCAGACAGUUCUUCUAGAAUAAAAAAAAUCUCAUGUGUUACGCGGACCGAGGUGUGUGAUCUACGCUAAAAAGACAACCAUAAUCAUGCAGAACCCAAAUGAAGAUACAGAAUGGAAUGAUAUCCUGAGGGCGAAGGGCAUCAUUCCGCCCAAAGAGGCUGAGGUGACUGAAGAUGACAUCUUGGGAAUGAUGGAACAAGCAGUCAAGGAGAAGACGGAAGGGAAAGCAAUGGAAGACAUGACGAUGGGUGAGUUGGACGAACUGGAAGAUGAUGAAGAUGAAGAAGUUCUUCUACAAUACAGACAGCAAAGAAUGGCUGAAAUACAGAGACUUCAAAGAAAAGAAAAAUACGGUGAAGUGAAGGAAAUUUCAGCUCAAGAUUACGUCCGAGAAGUAAAUCAGGCAGGAGAAGGAGUUUGGGUUGUACUUCAUUUAUUCAAGCAGGGUAUCCCCCUGUGUUCUCUCAUCAACCAGUACCUCACACAACUAGCUGCUAAGUUUCCUGCCACGAAAUGUUUAAAAAGUGUCUCCACGACAUGUAUACCCAACUACCCAGACAAGAAUCUUCCCACAAUCUUUGUGUACUUUGAGGGGGAGCUCAAAUCACAAAUUGUUGGGCCGGUUGACUUUGGCGGGAUGAAUUUAACAAUAGAAGAGUUAGAAUGGAAGUUAUCUGAAAUGGGUGCUGUACUAUCAACCCUUGAAGAGAAGCCCCAGCCAAAGACAAGAUCAACGCUCAGCUUUGCCGCCGGUCGAGAUCGUGAUGACGAUUCAGAUGAUGACUACUAACUAAGUAACAAGAAACAACUUCAAAGGGAUAGGUUCCAAAAUGUCAGGUUGGGGCAAUUACAUGGCAAUUACUAUCCUGAUCAAAUGAGUAGCAUUCUGUCAAGACCUUCAUGCGAUCACAGUCUAUUGUUAUACCAAAAUAAGGCCUGUAAAUUUACCAUCCAAUAUGUCCACUUGAGUCGACUACACGCUAUUUAUUGUUCCUGAUCAAAUGACUGACAUUCUUUCAAGAUUGUGUUGCCGGACAUAAAAAAACAAAGGAAAGCAUACAAAGACAUUCAUACUGUAACCCUAAUUACUGUACAAAAAUAGGGCCACUCAAUAUUCCAUCCUGUGUCAGUUUUUCAAUUGCUGUAAAUAGAAGAGGUGUACAAUGGCUGAAGCUUCGAUGAUGACGGUAUUACUCAAUUGGAAAAUGUCAGACAGGUAGAGUGAUAGCUUUGCAGUGAGUAAUAGGCUAGUGAGUAAUGCCUGUAGCCAUGAUGAAGGUCUAUAUCGAUGGAAUUACUCAAUUGGAAAAGUCAGAUCAGUAGAGUGAUUGCUUUUCAGUAAGUCAUGCCUUCCUUUUUCUCUUUGAGAAGAUUUCUGACCCAGAAGGAGGAGAUUGGAUGGGUAUAGAUCUUUAUCAUGCUCCCUCCAUCUUGGUCAUGUUCCCGUAUCGUAUAACAAUAAUGAGUGCUAAUAAUCAUUUUGCAAAUAGGAACCAGAUUAUUUUGUUCUUCCAGCCUCGGUUUGGUAACAUUGAUAUAAAUGGGAGAAUUUCAAGAUGGCUGCACCAUGAUAAAUGUCUAUUGAGUUGGAAUAGUUGAGUUUGAAACAUCUUGGAGAUUUGCGAACCAUGGAUUGACUGAUAUUGUAGAGAUGAUAUCAUCACCUCAAGAUCAAUGCAUUUGCCCAAUCUACUUGAAAUAAAUUCUUAUCAUAGAUUUUAUUUAUUACUUUUUUAGAUAUGUAUUAUUCAAAUAGAGCUCAUUUUGAUUUGAUUUCCUUGUUAACAAGGCAGCUAUUUAGGUAAGCUACAAUAUAUACCAACAAAUAUGCUAAUUACACUCACGCAUGCCUACAAACACUUGGUUGGCAAACUCAUUAAAGUUGUGAACUACGAAGACGCACAAACAUGCGUUACACAACCAUCACCCCAUGUAAAAAGGCACAAUGUUCUCUCAUUUUUCAAACCAGUAUGUGUGGAUGUGUGCGCGUGAUGUGCAAGUUACAUGUUUCAUGGGAAGAGUAUAUUGGUAUCAACAGCUGCAUUUGUAAUUUUCUUUUUUUAGUAAUAAAAAAUAGUGCCUAGAUGGCAUCAGAUAGAAAAUGAUUAA